AUGCAGAAGACUACCGGAAGAUACUGGGUGAACUGCAAGAGAUGCCGGGACGAGCACACAGCGGCAAGGCGAAAGCGCCGAGCACAAGAAGCCUUUGACGAUGAAUUCAUCGACUAUGACUAUUUCGAUUACGUCGAAGGCAGAUAUAGAGAACUUUCGCAAGAGACUGAGUACCGCUACCCGAGCACGGCGCAGUUCGCCGGCUCCAGACCCCAACUUGAGCCUGAGACGCGCGUUGUUCAGCAUCCGAGCGCGGCCAUUAAGAAAGAACCUAGACUGGGUAACGAGACACACGUAACUGUUAAGAAAGAGAGGGAGAAAGAUGUCAGUGGCCCGGACGUUGCUCAAGAAGAGUGGUACGAUGCCUUGGAGGAGCCGAAGCUCAGCUUACGUGAGUGUUCGGUAUGCGGAGAUUCCUCGCCUGUUCAAGACUAUCCAAGCUUAAUGGCUUGUGAGCACAUCCCCGAUGUCUGUCAAGAGUGUUUCAUCCAGUGGCUGGAUCAGCAGAUGCAAGGAUCGGAACGAGCGUCCUGUCCGUCCAGUGGAUGCACCAACGCCAUCACCCACGACGACGUGCAGAGAUACGCUUCUCGAGAGAUGUAUACGCGGUUCGACGAGCUCUCUAUGCGACGUCUUCUCGGUGAGGAACCUGGCUUCAUGUAUUGUCUGGCCAAAGGAUGCACUUCUGGCCAGAUCCACGACACCGGUGUUGAAGGUCCAAUCUUUCGUUGCGCCGCCUGCGACUUCCGAAUGUGCACGGCUCAUCCGACACCAGUACCCUUCCACGAACAUGAGUCUUGUGCGCAGUAUAUCAAGCGCAUCGAAGAUGAAGCUUCGAAUACAAGGAAGAAACGUGAGGAUGACGCCAGCGCUGCCGAAGUGAAGCGAGCAUGUAUCCAGUGUCCAAAGUGCGGGGUCAACAUACAGAAGAACAACGGUUGCGACCACAUGACGUUAUACCAUUACUUCCGUCUACUUCACAGAUAUAUCCUUCAAAACAGCUAUUCAACCGAAAUAACACGUCACCUCAACAUCAACAUGUCGUCCGCACAGCCUGGAAAGGAUGAGCUCGCCUACUUGCGUAGGUUCGAGGCUCAGGUGCACAACAACAAGAAAAGAGCAGAAGAGGCCAAAGAGAAGGCCGAUGAUGCCAAAAAGAAGACCGAGGAGGACAACAAGGCUAAAGAAGAGAAAGCCACUGAAACCUCGAAGGCCAGCAGCAGCGGCGGGACGUAG